AUGUCUUUGGUCGGAUUGAAAAAUCUGUUCUUCAAACAAACAGUCACUGCUGUCCCGAAGCGUACACAGCCCAGCCGCGAGUAUGGUAUGGAUCGAACUUUUCUCUCCCCUGGACCAUUGAGCUGGAAUUAUGUCUCAGAAGAGCUAUUGCUUCGGUCGGAUGAAUACUCGACAUCUACAAACGAGUCGGAUUCUCCAGAUGUCGAAAGUCAGAGUACAGACUCGAAGAAUGGGAAGGCGAAGAAGAGGAAGGGAUUCCGUGUAGAUGCUCGAGUCAUUUCGGAUGCGACAAUAGGGUUAUCGGACGGCUUAACAGUCCCAUUCGCUCUCACGGCCGGGUUAUCUGCCUUGGGGAACACAAAAGUCGUCAUAUUCGGUGGAUUCGCGGAGCUAAUUGCCGGUGCAAUUUCGAUGGGAUUGGGUGGAUAUUUGGGGGCGAAGAGUGAAGCUUCUUCAUACCGAGCCCAGCGAGAAGAAGCUGAGAAAUUGGUGGCUACCAACCCCCAGACCGUCCUGCAGGACAUCACUGAAGUCUUUGGGCCUUAUAACGUACCUAAGCAGACACUGAACGAUCUGGUCACCCAUCUCAGUAGCACGCCGAACCUUGUCGACUUCGUUAUGAAAUUCCACCACUGUGAGGAAGAACCAGCAUCUUCUCGAGCUCUCACUUCCGCUAUAACGAUCGCCGUUGCGUACUUUUUGGGUGGUCUCCUCCCGCUGAUACCAUAUUUUUGCAUUGGAGACGAGCAGGUGUAUCUCGGGUUAUAUAUCUCAAUAGGAGUUAUGGUAGUGGCGUUGUUCGGUUUUGGAUAUGUGAAGGAAGGGGCGGUGAUCGGCUUCGGAGGGGGGAGGAGUAUUCGAAUGUGUUGCUUCUCAGGUGUGCAAAUGGUCGUCGUGGGAAGCAUUGCGGCUGGAGCCGCUAUGGGCCUGGUACGACUCUUCAAUCGCGGCGAGCAUGCGGCCGGGGUAGGUUGCAUCGACAAAGAUUGA